UGUUUCUUUGGUAUGGCGUUGGUUUAAUGUCAACAAUUCUACUUAUUCGAUGCUGCGUCACUUACCUGGAUCAUUCCUACAACGUCAUCCAAUUCUUCGAUGUGCCUUGGAUACUUACUACGGUUGCCUUCAAUCGUCUUACAUCUGUGGCUAUAAAG